UGGAGUUGCAGGCGGUACUACGGGAAGACUGGGCGAACUGGCUUAUACUGGGCCGCAGCGAACUCCCUACAUCUCCUUCUUAUUAUCCGGCCUGACGACGCUGCUGUGAGGCCUCCGGCCGAGGAGCCGGACCGAGACAAGAUGGCGCCUCCUGUGUGGCUCAGGCCGGGAAUUCUCCUGCUGCUGACGGUGGCGGCCGCGGCCUCGGACGCUUCUUGCCCGGCUCCUUGUGUGUGUGAGGGGAGAAUGCUGGACUGCAGCAGGAGGAGGCUGGGCCGGCUGCCUGCGGCUCCGCUGCCCGAGGGCAUCACCAGCCUGGAGAUCAGCCACAACUGGUUGACUUUAUCCAACAGCAGCCUGGUGCCCGAACUGUACUCCCUGCAGGAAGUGAAAAUGAAUUACAAUGAGUUAACAGCAAUCCCUCACCUUGGAGAACCAACAGCUAACAUCACUCUUCUCUCACUGGUACAUAAUAAAAUUUCUGAACUGAAUGGAGAUCUGCUGCAGCAAUUCCUGUCGCUGGAAACCUUGGAUUUGAGCUCCAAUCUUCUCACUGAAAUAAAAAGCACAUUCUUCCCCAGGAUUCCUUUGAAGCACUUGAACCUGAGCAACAAUAGAAUUACAACUUUGGAAGUUGGUUCAUUUGACAAUUUAUCUGGAUCAUUAAUAGUUUUGAAACUGAACCGGAACAAACUAAGUGCGAUUACGCCUAAAAGUUUGAAGCUCCCAAAUUUGCAACACCUUGAAUUAAGGCGGAAUCGAAUUCAAAUAGUGGAAAGCCUGACUUUUCAAGGUCUGGACUCGCUAAAAUCUUUAAAAAUGCAGAGGAACGGAAUUGGCAAACUAAUGGAUGGUGCAUUUUUUGGAUUGGACAGUAUGGAGCAGCUGGAGUUGGAAUAUAACAAUGUCACGGACAUUAACAAAGGCUGGCUAUAUGGACUGCGAUCACUGCAGCAGUUGUACAUGAGUCAAAAUGCAAUCAACAGGAUCAGUCCAGAUGCUUGGGAGUUCUGCCAGAAUCUCUUGGAUCUAGACCUGUCGUACAACCAGAUAAACCGUUUGGAUGAGUUUGCAUUUGUUGGACUUGCCUCACUGGAAAAACUGAACCUAGGGGAUAACCGAAUAAAUCAUAUCGCGGAAGGUGUAUUUAAGGGACUUGCAACUCUUCUGACAUUGGAUCUGCGAAACAAUGAAAUCUCCUGGGCUAUUGAAGAUUCCACUGAAGCAUUUGCUGGACUUUCCAAGCUACAUACACUUGUUUUGCAAGGAAACAAGAUUAAAUCUAUCACGAAAAAAGCUUUCACUGGUUUGGAUUCGCUGCAGAACCUGGACUUGAGCAAUAAUGGGGUUAUGUCUUUGCAAGAUGACGCCUUUGCUCAUAUUAAUCUCCAAGAGUUAAUCCUAAACACAAGCAAUUUGCUUUGUGACUGUCAGCUAAAGUGGUUUCCCCAGUGGCUAAUUGACCACGGAUUGCAGAAUUCUGUAAAUGUGAGCUGUGCCCACCCUGAUUGGCUGUCCGGCCGUUCUCUGCUCAGCGUGGAUUCUGGAGACUUUGUCUGCGAUAAUUAUCCGAAACCACAAAUCAAAGUUCACCCGGAAACAACCGUGGCACUGAAAGGAAUGAAUGUGACUCUCACAUGUGCCGCAGUCAGUAGCAGUGACACUCCCAUGUCUACAGCGUGGAGGAAAGACAGUGAAAUCUUGUACGAUGGAAAGGUGGAAACCUUUGCCAGAUAUCAGAAACAUGGGGCUGAGCUAGUGGAGUAUACAACAGUUUUGCACCUCUUCAAUGUGAACUUUACAGAUGAAGGAAAAUACCAAUGCGUCAUCACCAACCACUUUGGCUCCAAUUAUUCCAGUAAAGCUAAACUCACGGUUAAUGAAAUGCCCUCCUUUCUUAAAACUCCAAUGGACUUGACAAUCCGCACUGGUGCCAUGGCACGUCUAGAGUGUGCAGCAGAAGGUCACCCAACUCCACAAAUUGCGUGGCAGAAAGAUGGAGGAACAGAUUUUCCUGCAGCCCGAGAGCGUCGCAUGCAUGUUAUGCCAGAAGAUGAGGUCCUGUUCAUUGUCAAUGUCAAAAUUGAGGAUAUGGGGCUCUAUAGCUGCUCAGCACAAAAUGCGGCAGGCAGCAUAUCGACCAAUGUCACACUGACUGUAUUAGAAACUCCUACUUUUAUGAGACCCUUGGAGGACCGAACAGUUGCCCGUGGGGAGACUGCUGUAUUGCAGUGUAUAGCAGGAGGAAGCCCAGCUCCUCGCUUGAACUGGACUAAAGAUGAUGGACCACUGAUGGUAACAGAGCGGCACUUCUUUGCUGCUGCAAAUCAGCUUCUCAUUAUUGUUGAUGCAGGCCCUGAGGAUGCUGGAAAAUACACAUGCAGCAUGUCUAACACACUUGGAACUGAGCGGGGUCACAUCAACCUGUAUGUCUUGUCUUCACCAAACUGUGAUUCCUCACAAACAAUCAUGGGCUAUGACGAAGAUGGCUGGACUACUGUUGGCAUUGUCAUCAUUGUGGUUGUCUGCUGUGUCGUGGGGACGUCAUUGGUCUGGGUGAUUGUUAUAUACCACAUGAGAAGAAAAAGUGAGGAUUACAGCAUAACCAAUACUGAGGACAUGAAUCUGCCUGCGGACAUCCCCAGCUACCUGUCCUCCCAAGGAACCCUGUCUGAGCCUCCAGAGGGAUAUAGUAACUCCGAGGCGGGCAGCCAUCAGCAACUCAUGCCGCCUGCCAGUAGCUGUGUUCAUAAGGGGACAGAUGGAUUGUAUGUUGAUACCGGUAGCGAGGCAGACGCAGAAAUCCUGAAUUUGCAGUAUGCAUCCAAUCUGCAGAACGGUAGAAUACAGCAAUUAUAUGGUCGCGGUAACAGCUCACAUCCGGUAGACAGAAGGGACAGCCUUCCUGUUCCAGGCGCUGGUCAGCUUAUGAUCUGCUCUGAUUGUUACGACAAUGCUAACAUCUACUCGAGGACCAGGGAAUUCUGUCCAUAUACAUACAUUACCGAGGAGGACCCAAUGGACCACACUUUGGCUAAUCUCAUAGCUCUGAUUCCAAAGGAUAUAUUUCCACAUCAUUCACAUGACAUGGCCACAUCUGCUGCGGACAUGUCUGCAUUCCUCACCAGCUACGAUAGGAAGGACUGUGAAUCAUUUCCCUGUCCAUCUUGGAGCAUAAAGAAAGAUGACGGCCUUCCAGCAGCACAUCCUCACUUCUGCCACCAUCCUGUACCCGUCCAUGAGAAUAGCCUACUCAGAAAUGAAGUGGCCUCUUCAGUCAAGGCAGAAGAGCGCCCCCGUCCCAGACCUUGCACGAGGUCUUGUGACCAGGACUACGACUUGGGCAGGACUCCUAAUAUUGGUGAUUACAAGGAGACCACUUAAUGAGACCAAAGGAAUCUGCAAGUCAGCUGACUUUGUAUUGACUACCUCAGAAUUGAAUUCAUGGCCAAAAAGUGCUAGAAAGGGUUUGUUUACAAGCAUAUCACACGGACCAAUGCAAAAAUCCUCUGCGUCAGACCGCAGCGGGAUCAACGCUAUGUAGCUUGGACCGGUCGUUAUUUAAGCACUUCAACAAUCUGCAUCAGGAUGAGUUGACGGACAGAAGCUUCAGUGUAAAACGGAUCCUGAAAUCUGAAAAAACUAAAGAGCAAAGCCAUUUUUAAGUUUUGUUGCAGCUGGAUCCCUUUUUUAGGUGUUUUGUGACUGCGCAUAGAUGCAAGCUUGUACCCAUACACAGUUACCGAAAUGUCGGCUUAUACCGCUAUGUACUGUGAUUAUCAAUGCCUUAGAAAGUUCCAUCUGUGAGUAAAGCCAAACCUUGUUAGGGCCUCCUUUAACUUAUAGACCACCCAAGAGUCAGACAUUCCAGGGGGCUUUUAUUUUCCAAACUGAAUUCUGAACCUGACAGGAGGAGUAAAUCUGGGCAGUAUUCUGUAGCUAUGUGACCACGGAUAGCUAGGAAAUGUCCACUGGCAGGAAGAAAACGCUCGGAUGCCGCCCAUCUUACAAAAUAUCAGUCAUCCAACAAAGCAUGCUUUACUUACCACUGCAAAGAGAAUAUGCAUUCAUUAAUAAGGCAGAUUUCUUUGUAAAGUCACUUAUUUUGUUGAUUUCUUCUGUCUCUGCCAUUCCAUCUGAACUAUGUCCGUCCCAGCUCGUCCUUCCUCCCUUUUUCUAUUUGUCGCUCUUACUAGAACAUUUGUCAUUUUUGCUUUCUUGUUGGGUAUAGAUGUCAUCGGGCAUCUAGUGACGGCACUGUACGACAUUGCGCUGUGCAGUCAUACAUAUAGAUCCGUAAAACGUUCUGCAAGCAGAUUAUUCAGAUUUUACAUUCCAACUGGUUACGGUUUCCUGCAGUUUUUUUGUAUUUCUUUGUGUACGUGUAGUUCCAUGUAUUAGACCCAGUUAUUCUCAAAAUGGCAUCAACGGAAGAUUUCGAUAGCCACCAAAGCCAGCAGCACCUUGGAAAUGCAGUUUGAGUAGUUUUGAGACCUUUUCAUUUUUUUCUGAGCACUUUUUUUCUUCAUUUGUUUGGCAAUCACAGGCGUCAUAGUACCAUUCUUUUAGGAAGGCAGAAACGGGCAUUAAACCUCAUACUCCGCUUACAAAGAUGUCUGACAUAAAGGGGUUGUCUGGACCCCACAAACCAAAAGUAAUUGUGUGUAAAAUAAAAACCACACUUCCCUCUUGAAAGCAGGCUCCACUCCAGUGUCAAGGGGUCCUGUUCCUGCUGCUUCCAAUCCUUAGAUGUGUGGCUCCCCAUCUGUGGUCACAUGCGCUGCUGCAGCCAUUCACUGGCCUCAGCAGUGAUGUGUCUCCGAGGGAAACAUGCCAGCAGAUGCUGAGUGAGUUGAUUAAUAUAUGUUAUUAGAGGAACGCUAAACCUAGCAAAUAAAACCCAAAUGUUCCUCCUUCAAUCUCCUCAUCUCAUUUGAUCCUAUCUUUGUCUGUGAGAAAGAGCAGGGAUACCACGCUCACCUUUUGGACAUGUGUGGUGCUGUUUCUGGAUCUAGUUUUACUUUAACGGUAGGUCCACUUUAGGAUGUUUUUUUCCUCGUCAGAUUAAUCUUUCCAAACUCCACAUUCACCUCUUCCUUAGGGCUCAUAAACACAAACAUAUAUUUUUUUCCGUGUGUGGUCCGUUUCUUUUGCGUCCUAUAUGCGGAACCAUUUACUUCUCUGGGGCCACAAAAAAACAGAAAUGACUCUGUGAGGAUUCUGUGUCCGCAUGGCCAUUCUGCAAAAAAAUAGAACAUGUGCUACUAUUGUUUGCGUUCUAAGAGGGGCCGACAAAGUGCGGAAUGCAAGCGGUCAGUAUAGGAUCGCAGAACAUCCAACGGUUGUGUGCAUGAGUCCUUAAAGGGGUUUUCUGGAAAUGGCUAACUUUUAAGUGAUGCCCGCAGCCUACCUCUGCUAUUGAAUGUGACACACCACCACUGAAGCCAGUUGUUGGCUGCAGCAGAGCAGGUGAUCAUGAAGCCAGGGAACGGAAGUUGGACACACAGAACUGGAGCAUUGAGGAGCAGUUAAGUAUAAAUCUUUUGAUAGCGGAGGCAGUCUGUGGGCAUCACUUUAUCACAAUCAUUCCCAGAAAGGCCCUGUAAAGAGUAUUUUCACCGUUGCAACAAUAUUUUGUGCAUUUCAGUGCAUAAAAACAAAUAAAUCAAAUAGCUAUUCUUGAUGAAAAAUAUCUUACAAUGUUAUGUGUUCAUCGCUGCAGACCUAUGGGUUUCCAUGGUUACCGACUACAACAAACCUUGUGUAACUUCUAACUUCAGUUAUGCUCUAAUAUGUCCUGCACAAAACAUUGGUGACAUGGAAGUGUGCAGGAUCAGAUGACGCUUAGGUUUACAGAGGAGAUGUGUAUAGAAAAUGGGAGGGGAAUUUUAGUCAAGACUAAUUGUACCAAAACCGGAAAAAAUAAGGAAAAAUUACAAUCAGAUGUUUGCACAGGCAGUAGCUUUUACCUACUUCAUAAUAGUCCUCAUAUUGACUUUAGCCCUGCAGUAGUUGUUCCCUUGCUGGCUACUAUUAUAGCAUUUUUUUCAACACACUUUGAAUAAUCGCACAAUCUAUAGAUCACCAUAAAUCCUUAUACUGAUGCCGCAUCCCCCAACAAUGAUUAAAGUGGUUAUACCAUGAGUAAUAAAAAAAAAUAGAAAUCGGGCACCAUGUAAUGCAUGCCAUUGUCUUUCUACUCUUUCUAACAAAGCUACAUUCAGCCCUGAACCUCACAUGGAUCAAGAGACCUAUUAAUUGCUCCAUUUGCGCUGCUAGAUUUAUAUCAAGUGGACAUCUCAGGGGGCAUGUCCUUUCUGCUGAAGCUUUCUCCCUGUAGCUGUCACAACUUCUAACAGUAGAUAUAACUGAUGACAUUUGAAGGAUGGAACAAAUCAGGUAUGACCUCUCAGUGAUAUUACAGAGGUGGAUAGAAAAAUAGGAAAAGAAUAAACAGCAGGUGGCGCUAUACAGAUACAUUUUAUUGACUAACUCAGUAGUUACAUUAAAUUUUUAAGUACGUGCAUUUUACAAAAGGUAAUCGGAUCCAGGUACUGGUUUUUUUUAAAUGUAGAAUAUUUUUUGUGGGACAACCCCUUUAAGGGACAAUGACAAUACUGGUAGGCUUAAUGAAAGGCACCUAUUUUUGUAUGUGACUUUCAGCAUCCUUGGACAUGAUAUUCUCAGUAAUGAUAUAUGCUGCUCCUUACCUUGAGUAUGCUUUACGUACCCCACAUAUCUCCAUAUUUUUUUAUGCAUGUUUAUGUUCUGUACUUGCACAGACCUAUUAUUCUGUAUAGUUUUGACUAGUUGCGUACGUCCUAAUUUUGGUGCUCAUGGUUUACGUCCAAAGGUAUAUUUGUGAGCACCACACAUUGCGAUCCACAUUUAACAUGUCUAUCCUUUGAAAUUUACCUUUGCCUAUAAACAGAAGUUAUAUUUGCAGCCAAGCUAAAGUGGGAAUGAUGACCUACCAACUAAGCUGUUUUACAGUAUACUUUUAAACUCACUUAGUGCUGUAAGACUCUGUUUUGUUCUGUUGUCUUGGUGACAGACUACAAAGAAACCCCGUGUAGUCUGUUCCUGUAGUCAUGUUUAACUUUUUUGAGUCCUCUUCUGUCUGGGAGUAAGUUUAGUAGUAAAGUUGUUGCGUUUCCUGACUACACGAGGUUUGUUUGUUUGUAGUCUGUUACCAUAGAGACAUAUCGAAGCUGUGAACACAGAACAGUAGAAUUUUUUUUGAGAUCAGUGCUAUUUGCAAAUUUGCUCCAUUUUUUGUGUUGAGCAAACUUGUGUUUUCAAGUCCGGCGUACAAGGUUCGGGUUAUCUAAGAAUUCCGUUAUGGAAAUCCAUAACGGAAUUCUUAGAUAACCCUAACUUUGUACUCCAAACUUGAAUACACAAGUUCGCUCAUCCCUAUUCAUUUUGGAUUUUACAGCAAUUAAAAUGGUUCCAUAAGUGCACAAACUAAAGCCUCAUGCAGACGUCCGUGAGAUACCAGACUGGCAUUGCAUACGCUCCUGUAAUGCCAGUCUGGUAUCUCACGGACCGCGUUCCACGGACGUCUGCAUGAGGCUUAAGAAGUUUUCGCCUGAGCAAUUUAGACAAGGUCACUGUAGGCAAAGUUGAUCCAAAGUGGAGUUCUUCCAGAAGAACCAAGCCUUUGGCAAAGGGAGUUACUGCCUUAGUUCAUUGAUUCAGUAUUUUUUUCAUUGGCUUUGUAAAGUUGACCGAAACCGUACCUAAUAUCUUAUUUUUUUUAUUUUUUAUUCUAUACUUUACUUUUGUUGAAUAAUUUCCCAAACAUGGCAACCAAAGAUUUUAGGCGUUUGAGCUUAUUGUUAUAUAUGUAAAUAUACUUGUGAUUAGAUAUUUUUGUACACAUUGCACAUACCUGUUCGUUGGAUAAUUUUUUUGUUUUUGUUAGUUUUUAUUUUUUAAUAUGCCAAAACUGUUUUAUUAUGUUAGUCAGGCAGCGUGUCAGCCUACUAUGAAAUGACAUUUUAUGAAAAGCAUCCUCAAUGCAGAUCUGUGUGGGUGAACUGUAGAUAAAAAUGUAUUUCAAUCUUAUUGCCUCAACACUAAGCUUUGAAAUAGCUCCUUAAUGGUUAAUCUUCCAUGAAAUGAAUACACAUAAAUUGUUUAGAGAUGGCAGAGGACAAAGGCUUUUUUUAUGGCCUCCACGAAUGUUGGGAAUGGUGAUGAAUAGCUGAGAUGAGUAUGUAGCCACUUGCCCUGAUGCCUUUUAUAUUGCACCUUUUUUUGGAUGAGGUGGCUAAGGUAAUAUGUGCUGCUACAAUGAAUUUAUAUGGCUUCUGGCAGAAGUGGAACUAUUUUAUGACUGGCUCGGUGGGUUGCGUGAUAUCUGCAAAUGUAAGCUAUGACCUUCAAAAUGAGCAGUUUUCUAGGUAUCCACCAUAAAACUGUAGUCUGCUUUAGAGAUAGAAUUUAAAAUAUGCUAUACGUGCAAAAUGUUUGACUGUAACUUCUACAGUGACUUAUAAAAAGUGCCGGCAUUGUAUUGCAGAGUGAAUGUCCUCUCUCCACACUCCAUGUAACUAGUAUUGUCUUGUCUAUGCCCUAGAAUGUAUGUACUGGGGGAGAUUUACUAAUAAAAACAUGUCAGAAUUCAAAAA